GUCUCUCUAGGGUUUCGAUGCCAUGCUUCUCUCCUUCCCUUUCCCCUCGUGUGCAGUGUGCUAGGUGGCAGUAGUUGCAAACUUGUGCCUGCUUUGUAAAUUGUGCUUGAUCAUAAUGGGCAGCUUGGAUUUGAAGUAAUAGACGUGUCGAGUGUUAUUUAUUGUCGGUGGCUGAUUCGCAUCUUGUGUUUUUCUUUUCUCUUUGCGAUUGCGAUUUGGGGAUCUAGGGUUUGAGGAGAUGAUGCUGCGAGGUGGGCGGCUGGGUGGCUUGGCCUCUCGGAUGGUUGGAGCCAAGCCUUUCAGCACGGAGAUAUUUGUGAGCAGUCCGCUUGUGAUGAUCUGUGCGUCAGAACUUCAUGAGUGAAUGGGGUUUCUUGAUCUGGUGUGAUUCUGGGGGGUGUGGUGGAUGAAAUGAGCACUAAAUGGGCUAUCAUUUUACACAACAGAGGAAGAACUUAAAAAUGUCUUCUCACCAUUUGGCGCUGUUGAGGAAGCGUAGCUCGAUUGGUAAGAGAACCAAACUGGAAGGCCAAAAGGAUUUGGUUUUGUUAAAUAUUCUUCUCAAGCAGACGGAGAGAAAGCUGUUAAGGAAAUGGAUGGACGGAUCAUUCGUGGAAGACUAAUUUUUGUGGAAAUUGCAAAAGAAUAAAACUGCAUAGGGCAUAGUCUAUCACCAUCGUUGCUGAACUGGUGCAGUUUUCCUGCCUUAAACCGUACUCGUACAUGGCUAAUCUGGCUCAGUUCCAACAAGACCUAUGAGCACUUCUCCUGUCCUGAAUGCGUAAUUUUGUGACUUUUGUUGAGCCCAGUAUUGGUUUGCGAACAACAUUGUUUGUUUUUUUUUUAAGACAAAAGAAAGCUUUCAAACAGGAAAAUUGUUGUUGGAAGGUUAGGUUGAAUUUAUGAACCCGGGCUGGAAGGUUAUAUGUGCGUAGAAUGCUGGAUGACCCAUAUACCCGCCCCUGCUCCACUAGCUAUUUCUUCCACCGUUUUCUUCUGUGUCAUCUAUAAAGCGAUAUUGUUUGAAUUUGAUCUCAAAAGUAUUAAAGCCGUGAUGUAUAUCCGAUGAACUGGUUUUGGAUGGCUUUGUACCCUACGUCAGAGUAAUGUGAUCAUUGACAUGUGGACCAUGUGGACCUAUGAACACAUUACCUAAGAGCAUCUCCAACUGUCUCUCCAAAUUAAACUCUCUAAAUACCCAUAUAGUCAGCUUUCAGUCGAUUUAGCAAGCCAAACUUAUUCCUCACUCCAAUAUUCUUUUCAUCUACACUCUUCAUUACAAGCCUAUGACACUGGGACCCACACGUCAGCCUCUACUCCUCUCUCCCUCUUCCUCUUCUGUCGGCCCUCUUCCCGUGCAGGUGAUUGGCGACGGCGGUGACGCGGUGAUUGGCGAUGGCGGCGGCGGCUUGCAACGGUUACCUCGACGACGGCCAUGGAGCAGAGGUGGAGGCCGCGCGGCCCCCGAAUCCACCCCGCCGGCCAAAUACGCGCGGGGCCGGAGGCCGCGCAGAGGCAGUGGAGGUCACGCCCCCCACCCUGAAUCCGGCGGCGGUGGAGGCGGCGGAGGCGGCGCUAGGGAGUGGCGCGACGUUGGGACGACGAUGCGGGGAGGCGGCGGACGCGGACGCGGCAAAUCGGCGCAGGCAGCGGACCGCUGUUGCCGACGCAUGCCGAUGGACGGCGGCCCCCCAACGCCGACGCUCGCCGAGGUGCUCUCCCUCUCCCCGCCAACUACUCCCCGUAGUCGAGCGCCGUCGAGCUCCAGACGGCGAAGGAUGGCGGCCCAGACCUUGGCGACGACAGCAGCUGGCGGCCAGACGGCGGCGGAGGUCGCGCGGCCCCCUGAUUCCACGCCGCCGGCCGAAUCCGGCGAGGAAGGAGGCGUAGGAGUCCACACGGGGGAAGAAGGCAAAGCGGCUGCCGCCGGAGAGGGAUCCGACCCCUUCUUCCCCAUCAUCGCUGCUCCCUCGUUGCCGUCGCCAACACAGCCUCCCUUGCUCCUGCCUCGUCAUCGCGGAGCUCUCUUGGUGACGGAGGAAAUCGGACGGCGACGACGGUGCAGGUGGGAGGCGGCGACAGCGCGGGACGGCGAUGGCGCGGUACGACGAUGGCGGCGGCGAUUGAUCUGUGCGGGGAGAGAGAGAGAGAGAGAGAGAGGAGAGAUUUGGGGGGGGGGGAGCAACGUGGGGCCCAUGGCUAGCAGCCAAUUUGGCUAGGCAGGCGGGAUGGCCAAAUUUGGCGUAGCCAAGAGCCAAUUUGGUGGCCAGUCGGAUGGAGAGGCUGUUGGAGUGGUUUUUUUCUCAAAACUUGCUAGAAUUUAACUUGAAGAGUGAUUUGGCCAUUCUAUUGGAGAUGCUCUAAGAGGUUAUAGUUCUAUGGGCAUGGCUAAAGUUGGAUUAUCUCACUUUAGUUCAAUUAAAUUAAUUAGAAUGCACUGAUUAACCUAGGAUAGGUAAGGGCUCCUUUCUAUGUAGGAAUUUUGCAGUAAUUAGUUCAAUUCUUGUAUAAAAUUCCUCCAGUCCAAAUAUGGGGACGAUUCCAAUUGUGCUAUGAUUUUUUUUAUUUAAUUUUUUAAUAAAUAUAAAAAGAUUUUAAAAAAAUCUUGUACUACUGAGUUGCCUUGGCCUGAGGAUGUGCCGGAAGUUUCUUGUUUACAGGAGCAUACAACCAUUUCUUCAAAAUUAAAUUGUACUAGCAGAUAUAAUAUUAUAAUCCAUCAUUAGUUCACUACAGGAAAAAUUAAGCGUGCUCUGUGAGAUAUGGAAAUAGGUACAAAGGUUAUAUAGUUGAUCAAAAUUAAAUACCCUUGACGAAAUGAGUGUAACUUAAAUGGUUAGAUUCUUUAUGGUGGAACUAGCUCACUCAAAUUCGACACAUAGACUUUGACACAUUUACUUACAUUUACGACUAAUUAUUCUUUUAAUGGUAGACGACGUACUCAUGAUGAUUGUUCGUAGAGUUAGGAUAUAUAUGUGCGUAUUCAUAGAGUGAGUGCGUAUUAUGAGCGCCUAUGUUGUACUAUGUUUUCUAAAAAAUAAAUGUCCUUGCUUAAGGAGGGUACAAACAAGACCCUAUUACAAAAAUGGAUCUUUCAAAUAUAUUAUUUCAUUUGUCCUAAAAUAUACUUCCUCCGUCCAAAAAAAUCAACCUAGAAGCGGAUGUGACUCCUUCCUCCUGGCUGUCCAGAUUCAUAGUAGGUCUGAUCAUAUCCCCUACUAGGUUAGCUCUUUUUUUUUUUACAGAAUGAGUAACAAAUUAGGAGUACAUUUAUCCCUAAAUAUAAUAACUUUUUUUUUCAACCAAUCACAACCUUCUACCUCUUAAUAUCCUCACCUAUUUUCUAUUCUCAACAAAUCACAAUCAUAAUACAUUUAAUUUUACCCGUGUUCAACACCAAAAUGACAGGUAGUAACAUAAAUACAGAGAUGGUCUAUUCAUAAGGAUGUGGAUCUUGACCCAAAAUAAGUUCAUAGCGGAAUUGAGGAGCAAGUUUAUUUGCCUGUUGGCCCAUAAAUGGAGUACAGCUCAAGACACAAUUGAGGCGCCAAGUAGCACCAAACUUCCAUGGAUUUAGCCCGCCCAAUGCCAUAGCGAAAUCCCAAGACACAUUUUCAUUUCGUACCCGGCUUCCCGCCAUUCCCCCCCUCCACUAAUUCAAACCAGAGCGCCAGAUUGCCUCCCAAAAUGCAAAUUCCAACCAAUCACUUCAACAUCCAACAAAAUCACAGAUGCUGAGAUACCCAUACUUAGGCAUUCGGUGAUUUCCAUUCCAAACACCAAAUUUUUGAGGCGGCACUAA